AUGAAUAACGACGACUAUAUUGCGUUAUCAGAUGUAGUUUAUGAAGAUGAUCCACCAGAGGAAGAAGUUGAAAACUAUGCUGAAUAUCUUGGUAUGAAAUUACCCGAAGAUAAUCCAUUUUUAUGGAUUGCAAAAGAAGCAUUGCAAACAAAGUUACCACCAGAGUGGAAAAUCUAUCAGAAAAAGGACGGUUCAAGUCGGUCAUUCUAUUUCAAUACAAAAACAGGCGAGUCUAUAUGGGAGCAUCCACUAGAUGAAAAAUUUAAGCAAAAGUAUCUUGAUGAGAAGAAGAAAUAUCUCGAAAAGCAAAAAGGAACAUCCAAUACAAGUCAAACAUCUACUCCAAAACAAAAUAGUCCAAAGCCAAAUAAUUCACCUUCGAAAUCUAAAAUUGCAGUAGCAAAUCAAUUAUUUUCAGAUGAUUCAGAUAGUGACUCGAUUCCUCGACUUAGGAAUAAGCAGCCAACUCCAAAAUCAAGUCCUGCAAAAACAAAUAGUCAAUCACAGUCCAAUAUACCUAAACAAACCUAUAAACUAUCAACAUCAGACAUUUCUCCGCAGAAGUCAGCAGAUCAGAUCAAAAUGAAUCAAAAUAAAGAUAUAGAAAACGAAAAUAAUUUACAUCAACAAAAACUAAAAGAAUUACAAGAGCAACAUCAAAGAGAAUUAGAUAAUGAGAAAAAUAAGCUUAGGGAGAAGUUUAAUAACGAUGUUCAACAAGAAAAAAAGUUUUAUAAUGAUGAACUUCAAAAAAUCAAAGAUAAUAACCAAAGAAGUUUAACGGAAGCCCAAAAAAGUAUCUUAGACCAACAAAAGAAUACUUUUGAGAAUCAAAAAAAGUUUUUAGAAGAUUCAAAUAAUCGUGAACUCGAAGAUAUAAAGAAUAAACAUAAAAGAGAGAUAGAUUUCAUUACUAGCAGUUUUGAACAAGAAAAGAAAAUAGCCAAUGAUUCAAAAGCUCUCGAAAUCACAAAUCUCAAAAAAUCUCAUGAAUUUGAGAAAAAUGACCUUAUAAGAAGAAACAAAGAUGAAAUAGAUUCACUGAAGAAAAAGCAUGCACAAGAAAUAGAAGCAAUUACGAAUAAACAUUUUCAAGAUGUCAAAAAACUUCAACAAAAGAAUGAUCAAGCAUUAAAAGAGUUUCAAAAGAGUUCUAAGGUCCAAAUAGAUCAAAUGCAAGUCGAAAGGGAAGCAGAAGCAUAUAGAAAAGCUUUAGAAGCCAAAAAAGAAAAAAUUACGGAAAAUUUCAACCAACAAAUGGAAAAAAUCAAUGCAAAACAAAUGGAGAGAAAGAAAGAACUUGUUGACCAAAUGAAGAAAGAAUUCAUUGAGUUUAAAUCUGCUCAGCAACAAAAGCUUAUUGCAGCUAAAAGAAAGUACACAGAUAGUUCCGAAAUCAUGGAAAUGCAGAACAAUUUCGAGCAGAAAAAGAAAGAGUUCGAAAAUCAGCAAAAAGAAGAAAUCAAUUCAAUCAAUGAAGAACAUCAACGAGAAAUCGAUGACAUGAAGAAGAAACACGCAAAAUUAAUACAGUUAUUAAAUGAUGAAGACGAAGAGAUGAAACAAGAAGCAGCAAAUGCGAAAAAGGAUUAUAUUUCAAGGAAAAAGAAACAAUUAGCAAAAUUGAGUGCUCAAUAUGAAGAUCAAAUCAAUGAAUUGCAUGAAAAAUAUGAAGAACGCAAGUUACAGGAAAAACAAGCUUUCAUGCAAGAAUUAAAGGCCGAUAUUGAGAAAAUUGGUAAAAAUGCACAACUCAAAUUGUCAAAAUUCACAAGUAUUCCUAUUGCUGUUAAACCAACAAGAGAACUUAAGAAUUUUAAGACAAUUAACUAUUUUGUUUUCUCUCAAAAACCGAAUGAUCAACAAAUCUCUGUAAACGAUAUGAGUUUCAAUCCACAGAUGAUGAAUAUGAGCCAACAAAUGCUUGGAGCUAAUCAUUCAAUGUUCAAUCCACAAGUUCCAAGAUUUUCAAUGCUUGAUGAUGGAUAUAGUGAGAAAAUAAAGAAAGGACAUAGCAAAGUCAACAAAUUCGAAGAUCAAUUUAAUACAACAUGUGAUUCUCUUGAAAAUGGAAUUCGUGAUUCAAAUAAUAAAGUUUCACAGCUCACAAACAGUUAUAGAACUUUUAUUCAGGAUCAAAACAAAUCUCUAUCGCAGUUAGCUCUAGAUUUCCAGCAACAAACAACACAAAUUAGCUUGAAUAUGCACUCAACAAUUUUAGAUAUGCAAAAUACAUUAAAUAACGCGUUGGCUACAAUAAAUGCAAGAAAUAGCACUCCACUUCCUGUUUCAUUGCCAUUACAGCCAGAAAGAAAGUCAAUGAGACCUUCUUCACGCAGAAGAAUGAAAAACUACGAAGAAUCAACAAUGUUAACAGAGAUGAGUGAGAGUGAACUUCUCGAUUCAGAUGCUCAAAAAAUGCUGAAAUUAUGGCGAGAAAGUAAGAAUUGA